AUGGAUUUCGGGAUCUCUGCAGCUACGUACCUUGUGCUGAUUUUUACAAUUUUAUAUUUUCUGAAACAAUGGAACAAAAAAAGCAUAUCCAAUUUUCCUCCUGGACCGAAGGGCUUGCCUCUGAUUGGGUACUUACAUGUCAUGAACUUAGAGAACCCUCAUGUGACCUAUUUAGAGCUUGCAAAGAAAUAUGGUUCGGUGUUUAGCGUUCCCAUGGGCAUGAAAAGGACGGUGGUCUUAGCUGGAUAUGAAACGGUGAAAGACGCUCUCGUCAAUCAUGCUGAAGACUUUGGAGAGAGGGCAAGAAUUGAAAUAUUUAAGACCAUGGACAAGGGAAUGGGACUCAGUUUCUCACACGGCGAUAACUGGAAAGUAAUGAGAAGAUUUACAAUAAAAACAUUACGUGAUUAUGGGAUGGGGAAAAGUACGAUUGAGGAUAAGAUCGUCGAAGAAUGUGGACACCUAAUUCAAUAUGUUUCAUCUUUUAAAGGACAGCGAAUUGAUGACCCAAUGAUCUUGAACGCUGGUGUGGGCAAUAUAAUUGUGUCAAUAUUAUUUGGACAGCGAAUGGACUAUAACGACCCAACAUUCAGGAAACUUAUAAGCUUGACAGAUCAAAAUAAUAAAUAUUUAGGAAGUCCAAUGGUUUCGAUAUAUAAUAUAUUUCCAUUCCUGGGAUUCCUCCCUGGGACUCACAAAAUUGUUUCAAGCAAUACGGACAAGCUGGUGGAAUAUGCAACACAGACAUUUACGGAGCGUCUGAAAGACCUAGAUGAGAAUGGCCAGAGAGGCUACAUUGAUGCAUUCCUCGUAAAGCAGAAAGAGGACGCAGAGAACCCCAAGUCUUAUUUCCACGAUGACAAUCUAACAAGGGUGGUCAGAAACCUGCUUUCUGCAGGAACCGAGACCACAACGAAUACCCUCAACUGGGCUCUUCUGCUGAUGGCAAAACAUAAAGAUAUCCAAGAAAAAGUCCAGGAUGAGAUCUACAGAGUUGUUGGACAUGCACAACCGUUGUACAGCCAUCGGGGACAGAUGCCAUAUACAAAUGCAGUUGUACAUGAGAUCCAGAGGUAUUCCGACAUUGUCCCUAUUAGCGUAGCCCACGAGACAUCUAGAGACGUCACCUUCAAGGGAUAUUUCAUUCCAAAAGGAACCUGCAUCGUCCCAUUACUGUCAUCUGUACUGAGAGACAAGACGCAAUUUGAGAGACCUGACGAGUUUUACCCAAAUCAUUUUCUUGAUGCUAAAGGGAAUUUUCUAAAGAAAGAUGCGUUUAUGCCAUUCUCAGCAGGGCGCAGAGCGUGUGCUGGAGAAACUCUGGCAAGAAUGGAGCUUUUCAUGUUCUUCACAACCCUAUUACAGAAAUUCACAUUCCGUUCACCCGCUGGCGUUAGCGGUGUAGAUAUGACACCUGGAAUGGGAUAUAUAACGACGCCAAAAAAGCUGAUGAUAUGCGCUGAUGCUCGGUAUUAA